AUGUUAACGACCACUCCCCUCGAUUCAUUCAGUUUGAACGAUGCCUCUCCAAGCAAGCGGCGAGUCGCCUACUUUUAUGAUUCCGACGUGGGCAACUUCGCCUACGUCUCCGGACACCCAAUGAAGCCCCACCGGAUGAGGAUGGCCCACAGCCUCGUCCUCAACUACGGGCUCUACAAGAAGAUGGAAAUCUACCGUGCGAAACCCGCCACGAAAUAUGAGAUGACGCGGUUCCACUCAGAUGAAUACAUCGACUUUUUGUUCAAAGUCACUCCCGACACAAUCAGCAAGCACCUGACCGAGCAGGUGAAAUACAAUUUCAACGACGACAACCCCGUCUGGGACGGCCUGUCUGAAUUCUGCAGCAUCAGCGCGGGCGGCAGUAUGGAAGCGGCCGCCCGUCUGAAUAAUAGAAAAUGCGAUAUAGCGAUCAACUGGGCCGGUGGCCUUCACCAUGCGAAGAAAGGCGAGGCGAAUGGUUUCUGCUACGUGAAUGAUAUUGUUCUCGGAAUUCUGGAACUAUUGCGCUUUCAUCAGCGCGUCUUGUAUAUCGAUAUUGACGUGCACCAUGGCGACGGCGUCGAGGAGGCAUUUUAUACGACUGAUCGUGUCAUGACCGUGUCCUUCCACCAGUACGGGGACUUCUUCCCGGGGACCGGCGAUAUCGGCGAUAUCGGCGUGCACGAUGGCAAGAAUCAUUCUGUCAAUGUACCUCUGCGCCCAGGAAUGGAUGAUGUAUCCUACGGUCGAGUGUUUCAGCAGGUGAUUAAAGGCGUAAUGGACUGGUAUCGCCCCGACGCCGUGGUGCUGCAAUGCGGCGGGGACAGCUUGUCAGGCGACCGUCUUGGAAGUUUUAAUCUGAGUAUGCGAGGCCAUGCGAACUGCGUGAAUUACGUUAAGAGUUUCAACCUGCCCACAAUGCUGGUGGGAGGUGGUGGCUACACGAUGCGCAAUGUGGCGCGUACGUGGGCGUUCGAGACAGGUGUGGUGGUAGGAGAGGAGGUCGGGCCAGAGCUGCCCUACGAUGAUUUCUACGGGUACUAUGCGCCGGAUUAUAUCCUUGACGUCAAGCCGUCGAACAUGGCAAACCAGAACACCGACACAUACUUAACACAAGUAUGCACGAAGGUGUUGGAGAACAUCAAGAAGACCACAACUUUCAGCCCAUCCGUCCAGAUGACAGACGUACCAUACCUCCCGCUUGUUCCCGCACUCGAUGGUGAAUAUGAAGAUAUUGCCGAUGACGAAGACGAGGAUAACAACAAGGACAUCCGCAUUACGCCCCGUCAACUCGACAUGCUCAUUGAGCACGAUGGCGAGCUUAGCGAUGACGAGGAAAUGAACCAGAUCAGCAACGUGCUGAACGCGAUCAAGAAGCGAAAUCGAAUUAACCAUGGUGAAGUCCUCUCGACCGUCUCAACGACAGAGGCCGAAGCCGCAGCAUCGAGAACAUCGGUUGAUCCGUUAGCCGAUGGGUCCGUCAACAGCCAAGACACGCCGAUGACCGAGGCUGAGGCAAUUUUCGACAAUCAGUAG